UUGUUAAAAUAAAUUACGAAAGUUAAUAUAUUUAGUUAUUUUUUGUAUGUACGUACAGUUUUUUAUAUGUGUCACUCAUGCAAACUAAAAUAACGAUAAUGCAUUUGCCAUCUUAUGGUGAUGAACAUUUUUUGUAACAAGAAUGGCCGACGCCCACGCCCAAAAAAAUAAUUUAAUGUUCAAUAAUUGUACCUCUGAUGUUUUAAAAACGGAAAAUUCCAAUUUUGGCGAAAUAUCGAAAGCGCAAUGUCACAAAUAAUUCCAAUUACACCCACACCACAAAUGCUGACGACAUCAACAAUAACACCAGUUGAAACUGCAAAACCACAACUCUCUUUUCCAUCUGUAGUUGACGGUACUCACACAAAUGAACUGGCUUCAGCACCAGAUGUUAUAUUAAGAGCGUCAACUAUAUAUGGCGAGUUUAAGCAUAACUCUUCAUUGGAUCUCGAAAAUGUACAUAACACGAUGGAGACUGAGAACAAUUUAAUAUCAGACACUCUAGAACUUGGCGGUGACUCUAAAAUUCGAAUAAUGCCAACUAUAAAGCUGUUGGCUUCUCCUCAUGCAGCAGAUCCAAAACGAAAAUUCGUAUGUCCGUACGAUAACUGCACAAAAAGCUAUGGAAAAAGUUCCCACCUUCGCUCCCAUCUCACGUGGCAUACAGGCAUUAAACCCUUUGUCUGCACUGAGCCAAAGUGCGGGAAGGGAUUCACCCGUUCUGACGAACUUAAUCGUCAUCUACGCACCCAUACGGGAGAAAAACCGUUUGAAUGCAGCCAGUGCAGUAAAAAGUUUUCUCGAAGCGAUCAUCUAACUAAGCAUUUGGCAACCCACGAUAGGCAGUCAAAGAGUAAUAACCUAAAACGUUCAAUGCCUAAUACAAGACUAAAAGCAACGAAAAAAAAUGCAUCAGACGCAGACUCGGGCUAUCAUUUUAUGGCUGUACUUGGAGGGGGUGAAUCAAGUACAAAUCAAAAUCAACAAACACAGCCCGCAACAAUAUCUGCAUUUGAGCACACUCCACUAAGAAUUAAAUUAGAGCGGUCAGAACAUAGUGACAAAUAUCAAAUAUCCCCCUUACCUGAAAACCAAUUGACAGCAGGCCUUAGCGACAAGUCCGAGGUUAAAUAUGAGCCUGCAGACGAAAUUGUACGCACACUUUCGCAAUUACCGUCACAGGAUGGUCCCACUACCUACGGUAUGCCCCAUUUUGUACAAGAUAGACCCUUUCGUUGUCGUCAAUGUGAGAAAAGAUUUAAACGCCAAGAUGAUCUAAACCGUCAUAAUCGCACGCACACGGGUGAGAAACCUUACGCAUGUACUCAAUGUUGUCGACGAUUUGUUCGCAGUGAUCACCUGAAAAAACAUCAACAGACUCAUCUUAAAUCGCGAUAGCUUCUUAGAUAACAAUUUAUUUUAAAGGCAGUAGCAUCCGAAGAAAAUUUAGUUGAAUCAGGCCAGUGUUUGGGAGCAAAAAAAUAUAAUAAAAUGAAUUCACAAACUAACUAUAA